AUGAAGUCACUAUCACUCCUGGGCGUUUCCUCGCUCGCCCUCACCUCCCUCGCCCUGCCUACCAUGAAUCAAAACCAGCAUCGAUUCGUGGCCCUCGCCGAUCUUGCCGACGAGGACAAACCGCAAGCUAUCAAAGAUGCAUUCAACCAUGCGUGGAAGGGUUAUAUGACCCACGCUUAUCCAAUGGACGAACUCCGGCCAGUCUCCAACGAGGGAUCCAACCCACUGAACGGUUGGGGAGCCACGCCAGUUGAUGCGCUUUCGACUGCCAUCAUCAUGGGAUUGCCAGAUGUUGUAAACCAGAUCCUGGACCAUAUUAGCAAGAUCGAUUUCAGCAAGACAGACGAUCUCUGCAGCUUGUUUGAGACAACUAUCCGCUACCUAGGAGGUUUGAUAUCUGGCUACGACUUGUUGAAGAAUUCCGGAGCUAUGAAUGCAGAUCCCGAGAAAGUCGAUGUCCUGCUCAAGAAGGCUGUAGAGCUUGCGGAUGUCCUUAAAUUCUCAUUCAACUCCACCACCGGCAUCCCCUCAAAUACCCUGAACAUUCCUAAGCAGACUACUGACGGCGCCACCAGCAACGGCCUUGCAACGGUCGGAACGCUGGUUCUUGAAUGGACACGGCUCUCUGACUUGACCAACAAGGAAGAGUACGGCAAGCUUGCCCAGAAAGCUGAGGAGUACUUGCUCAAUCCCCAGCCCAAGUCGAACGAGGUAUUCCCCGGUCUUGUUGGAGGAAGCAUCAACAUCCAGACCGGCAAGUUUGAGCGUGCCAGUGCCAGCUGGGAGGGUGGUGAUGACUCCUUUUACGAGUAUCUAAUCAAGAUGUACGUCUACGACCGUAGUGCGUUUGGAAAAUACAAAGACAGAUGGGUGCUGGCUGCCCAGUCGACAAUUGAACAUUUGAAAUCUUCCCCCUUGCUACACCCUGACACCACAUUUGUUGGAGCCUGGGCAAACGGAGCAUUGGUCAAGAGCUCCCAGCACCUCGCUUGUUUUGAUGGAGGCAACUUCAUCCUCGGCGGACGAGAGCUAAACCGACCUGAAUUCACCCGAUUCGGACUGAAGCUGGUUGACGGUUGCCACAAGACUUAUGCUAAUACAGUGACCAAGAUCGGACCUGAGUCCUUCGGCUGGGACGAGAAGAACGUCCCCAGUGACCAGGCUUCCUUCUUCACCAAGUCCGGCUUUUAUAUUAACAGCUCUGGAUAUGUUUUGCGGCCUGAGGUCAUCGAGAGUUUCUACUACGCUUACCGAGUCACUGGAGACAAGAAGUAUCAACGAUGGAUCUGGGAUGCCUUUGUGGCCAUCAGCGAGACCACCAAGACGGACAGCGGCUUCUCCUCCAUCAGCGAUGUCAACGCUGCCAAGGGCGGAUCCAAGACCGACAGCCAACCCAGCUUCUUCUUUGCCGAGACUCUGAAGUACACCUACCUGGCUUUCUCUGAUGAGGCCGACUGGCAGAUUAGCCGUAGUGGAAAGGACAAGUUUGUCUUCAACACGGAGGCUCACCCCAUCCGUGUCCGCAACUAG